CCCGCCGUCGGGGCGUCGCGCCGGGGCCUGUGGUUGCGCCUCCGCUGAGCGUCUGAGAUGGCCGUGCGUCCCGGGCCGCUCUGGCUUCUGGGUCUGGCGCUGUGCGCCCUGGGCGGCGGCCACCUCCCGCGGCCCCCGCACACCUGUCCCCAGCGUCGCCUGGGAGCGCGCGAGCGCCGCGACAUGCAGCGCGAGAUCCUGGCGGUGCUCGGGCUGCCGGGACGGCCCCGACCGCGGGGGCCACCCGCCGCCUCCGGGCAGCCAGCCUCCGCGCCCCUCUUCAUGCUGGACCUGUACCACGCCAUGGCCGAUGACGACGAUGGCUGGCCACCGCAGCCUCACUUGGGCCGCGCGGACCUGGUCAUGAGCUUCGUCAACAUGGUGGAGCGUGACCGAGCCUUGGGCUACCAGGAGCCACACUGGAAGGAAUUCCGUUUUGACCUAAGCCAGAUCCCUGCCGGGGAGACUGUCACGGCUGCUGAGUUCCGGAUAUACAAAGAGCCCAGCCCCCACCCGCUCAACACAACCCUCCACGUCAGCAUGUUCGAGGUGGCCCAGGAGCACUCCAACAGGGAGUCUGACUUGUUCUUUUUGGAUCUUCAGACGCUCCGAUCUGGGGACGAGGGCUGGCUGGUGCUGGACAUCACGGCAGCCAGUGACCGCUGGUUGCUGAACCAUAACAAGGACCUGGGACUCCGCCUCUAUGUGGAAACCGAGGAAGGCCACAGCUUGGAUCCUGGCCUGGCUGGUCUGCUGGGACAGCAAGCACCACGCUCCAGACAGCCUUUCAUGGUCACCUUCUUCAGGGCGAGCCUGAGCCCUGUGCGGGCCCCUCGGGCAGUGAGGCCACUGAAGAGGAGGCAGCCGAAGAAAACAAACGAGCUUCCGCACCCCAACAAACUCCCAGGGAUCUUUGAUGAUGGCCACGGUUCCCGAGGCAGGGACGUUUGCCGCAGACAUGAGCUCUACGUCAGCUUCCGGGACCUGGGCUGGCUGGACUGGGUCAUAGCCCCCCAGGGCUACUCAGCCUAUUACUGCGAGGGGGAGUGUGCCUUCCCGCUGGACUCCUGCAUGAACGCCACCAACCAUGCCAUCUUGCAGUCCCUGGUGCACCUGAUGAAACCGGACGUCGUCCCCAAGGCAUGCUGCGCGCCCACCAAACUGAGUGCCACCUCCGUGCUCUACUAUGACAGCAGCAACAAUGUCAUCCUGCGAAAGCACCGCAACAUGGUGGUCAAGGCCUGUGGCUGCCACUGA